AACAUCAACGAGAUUCUGUCGUUGGAUGGUGUUUCAAAAUAUUUCAUGAUGAGGUAACAUUUGACAUCGAGGUUUCCAGAAAAACAUACGUACCCGCGUGGUACUUAGUAACCAAUAAGAUAACUCGGAUCGUCAAGCCUGUUUCCUGGUGUCAGCUUACAGCAGACUUCUCUCGCCGCUUUGGUGCAGCCAUACAAGGCUGAGAGAUCUAGCGCUGAUCAUCAUGCCGGUCAUCUUAUACCACGUGGAGGCUAGUCCACCUUGCCGGUCAGUCCGUAUGCUGGCCAAACAGAUAGGACUGGACAUGCAACUCAAGGCUGUUAACUUGCAGUCCGGGGAACAAAAUAAACCAGAGUUUUUGAAGAUGAACCCUCAACAUUGUGUUCCAACACUGGAUGACAAUGGUUUUUACCUGUGGGAAAGUCGGUGCAUAAUGCAAUAUAUUGCCAACAAGUAUGCACCAGAUGGCACGAUAUAUCCAAAAGAUCCUCAAAAGAGGGCAAUUGUAGAUAGAUUCUUAUUUUUCGACAUGGGGACCCUUUAUAAAACACAGGCCGAUUUUCUCGUAAGUCAUCUUAUCACGUAUCCUUUCACGUUGAUUUAUUUUACUUAAGAUAAUGUAUUAAAU